CCCCCCCCCCGCCCCGAGCAUCCCGCCAGCCCAGCACCCCCAUGGACUGAAUGAAGACUGCCUACACCGCCUAUCGAUGCCUCACCAAAGAGCUGGAUGCCUGCGCCAUGAACCCGGAGAUGACAAUGGACAGUCUGGGCAGUUUGCAUGGGGCAGCCAGCCAUGAGCAGGAUCUGCUGGGCAGCCCCAGCCCGCACCACCCCAGCCGCAGCGCCGGAUCGCUACGGGUCCAUCCUCCUCCUUCGCACCAGGACUUAGCUUCUGCCUCUUCCCGCUCGGCCAUGGUGUCCAGCAUGGCUUCCCUGCUAGACGGGGCAGGGGAUUACCGCCCGGAGCUGUCCAUCCCCCUCCAUCAUGCCAUGAGCAUGCCCUGUGACUCCUCGCCCCCUGGCAUGGGCAUGAGCAGCACCUACACCACUCUGACUCCACUCCAGCCCCUGCCGCCCAUCUCCACCGUCUCCGACAAGUUCCACCACCCGCACCACCACCCCCAUGCUCACCACCACCAUCACCACCACCACCAGCGCCUCUCCGGCAAUGUCAGCGGGAGCUUCACCCUGAUGAGGGACGAGAGGGGUCUGCCGGCCAUGAACAACCUCUACAGCCCCUACAAGGAGAUGUCCGGCAUGGGGCAGAGCCUGUCCCCCUUGGCUGGCACCCCCCUGGGCAACGGAUUGGGGUCCAUCCACAACACCCAGCAGAGCCUCCAUAACUAUGGACCCCCCAGCCACGACAAGAUGCUCAGCCCCAACUUUGAUGCCCACACUGCCAUGCUGGCCAGGGGUGAGCAGCACCUCUCCCGGGGGCUGGCUACCCCCCCUGCGGCCAUGAUGUCCCACUUAACCGGUAUGCACCAUCCUGGACACCCUGGCCAUGCUCAGCCUCACGGGCCCGUGUUGGCUUCCAGCCGGGAAAGGCCGCCCUCCUCCUCUGGAUCUCAAGUUAACAACUCUGGGCAGUUAGAAGAGAUCAACACCAAAGAAGUGGCCCAAAGGAUCACUGCAGAGCUGAAGCGCUAUAGCAUCCCCCAGGCGAUCUUUGCCCAGAGGGUGCUGUGCCGUUCUCAGGGGACCCUUUCAGACCUUCUAAGGAACCCUAAACCUUGGAGUAAGCUGAAAUCUGGCAGGGAGACGUUCAGGAGAAUGUGGAAAUGGCUGCAGGAACCCGAGUUCCAGAGAAUGUCAGCCUUAAGACUUGCAGCAUGCAAACGCAAAGAACAAGAACCGAAUAAAGACAGGAACAAUUCCCAGAAGAAAUCUCGUCUGGUUUUCACCGAUCUCCAGCGCAGAACACUUUUUGCCAUCUUCAAAGAGAACAAACGUCCAUCCAAAGAAAUGCAGAUCACCAUCUCCCAACAGCUGGGCUUGGAACUUACCACUGUCAGUAACUUCUUCAUGAACGCUAGGAGACGCAGCCUUGAGAAAUGGCAGGAUGAUUUGAGUACAGGGGGAUCCUCUUCAGCCUCCAGCACUUGUACCAAAGCAUGAUUGAAGAAAGGAAUCUAAAUUAGGCACAACUCAACCAUAAAAAAGAGGAAAAAAAGAAUGAAAGGAAAGAAAAAGUAUGGAUUCUGAGUGGGGCCCUUCACUGGUGAUUUGAAAGCACAAUUCUCUUGGAAAGUAAUUCUAGUCUAGUUGUAAACAUAGGACACUUUUUUAAUGGCUAUUUAGUCAGUUUUAGAAGGCGCAAAUCACAAAUUAAUCUCUUUCUAUAUAGUAUUACAUUCAAGACAGGCUAAGCAUAUCCAAAAUAUAAGUGGGUCAUUCAUGACAUAAAUUUUUCCUGAGAGCCAAUGAAGACUUAAACUAUGGAUCAGCAUUUAAGGCGAUGGGAGUACUGCAGGAUUGCCCAGAGUUGGUAGCUAAACAGAAAUGCAAACAUGUCUGACCUACUUUGUUUUCCAAAUGCUUAGGCUUGCCACACCACAAAAUACCAAAGCUCACACCCAUAACAUGACAACAUGAGAACUGAGCACAAAUCUUAAAAGAUGGAAAUUGAAAAAUCCAAGAACCUGUUUUGUAAUCUCAGGCAUUGUUUUGUUUAGAUGUUUUAGAAAAAAAAUUGAUCCAAUUUUAUGUUUUGGGUUUAUUUUUUAAACUUAUCAGUGAACACUCACAUGGUCUUGGAUCACUAAAAUUCAGUUCACUUGAGCUCAAAGUAUCAAGCACAAAGACAAUAGAUACAGAAAUAGAACGGUUCUGGACUUGCUACAUCUGUUCUUUCAAGACACUCUAAUUUAUGAAGUUGUUAAUGAAAAGUAUGUGACCACACAAGCUUCAAGCACAUUUUGCUGUUUGUCACAAAUUCUGUGUUUGUACAUAAUGCAGAUGCACACUCAGGAGGUCAAUUUAACUGCUACAGUGCAUGGAGCAAACACAACACUUUGAGAGAGCUAGAUUUCCUUAGGUCAUCAAUAUGUCCUUUUUAGUUAUUAGCAUGUAGUUUCUCCUUAUAAUUUCAUUGUUACUGAAGUCUAUUUAGGUGGGUUUUUUUAAAAUUGAUGCAUUCUGUAUUAGAGUUCCUUGGUAUUUUCUUAGCAGAAAAAAAGCAUCCACUUUCAGGAUGUCACUGACCAUUUAGAUGUGCUGCAUAUGACUUAAAUAUGACAUCAAAAUCUAUCACAUCUCCAUUACCAAUUCAUUUAACCUGAAGAGAACACAGUACACCAAAGAUGCAGUAUAUUGCAAGCCAAAGACAUUUAUAACUUGCCAUUUAUUUUCAUCAUCAUCAUAGUAUUGUGAUUAUUUUAGAAAUCAGAAAGCCUUGCAAACUCCAAAAAAAGUACAACUCUAUCAUUUUAGUUUGCUGUACAAUUGAGCAGAAAGUGGAUGCUGACAAAAUUAGCAAAGUCGUGAGUGGAGUAGCAGAGCUAACAGGGCCAUACUAGCUGCAGUUACAGUAGUCUUCAAAGAGCAUAAACAAUCCUUAUCACUGAAAUUGUUAUGGUCACUUGAUGUGCAUAUUUACCAGUGAAUGGCCCCUUUUGAAACACCAAUUGAGUGUUCAAAAGCAAGCCAAACGCUGUAAUGAUUCUUUAAAGACACUUGAGACUUUUUUAUGUACUACUUAAUCGAAACCAAAGAAACUUUUUCUGCACCUACUUCUUCUGCAACAAACUGUUCCAUUUUAAUAAAAUAAAAUAAAAUAAAAAAACCAAGGAAGCACGUCAGGAAACAAAAACAACACAACACACUGUGUUUUGACAGACAUCUUGGACAUUUUAGGAAGCAGAUUUCAAAGAAAGGGUUGACAAGAAUGAAAACAAAGUAAAGCCAAUGUGAGUGCUGCUUCAUCUGACAACUCAGUAAUCUUAAAGUUGAAGAUUGUCUUUAAUUUGUGCCUAUGCAGUUUUUUCAAAAGAACAAGGAACAGAGCAACCGAAACCUCAACAGCUACAAUACCAAAGAUGAGGAUUUCUCACAACUUUUGUUUCAGUUCAUUAUCUCCUCUUGCACGGCUAAAAUGCUUAUAGCACCAUUGAUCUGUGUAAAGGUAAUCAAUUCUGUUUCUUUGAGCAACAAAAAGGGUGGUUUUUAUUUUUUUAUUUUUUUUUCUGUUUCUCCCCCCACAUGGAAUCUUUCAAGGAUUCCAUGGACUCCAAGUAUAAGGUGUUGGGAUACUAAACUAAUCUGUCUUCUCUGUCCAUAAGAGUAUGUGGGAAAAUGUGUCAAUUGAAUAUUAUUUGUUUUUUUAACAGGUAGAAUUGUUCUCUUGUAUGUUCAGAGCUUUAAACAACCAUCCCAUAUGGGAAAAAAUGCUUAACUGACCAGAUCCUCUUCCCCUUCCCCUUAAAUGAAUUUCGCAAGAUAGGUACUGAAAUACUUCAUUGUAAAUACUGAAUAUCACUAGAGAUGAGCCUGAAUCACAAAGAUCAGAUCUAGAAUUCAAACUGGAUCAGAGCUUCCAAUAGUUCAGGUGGUUUGCAUUCAUUGUUCUGGUUUGAACCAUUAUACUUCCAAAUAAUGAAAUUCGGAUCCAGGACCAAAUCUGAAUUUCCUCAAAUUUGGGGGGGGGGGGGGGAGGGAAUCUGAGAAGGAUUGUAACCAGUGUCUCAAUUCAACUCCAUCUCUACACAUGACUUAGGGCUUCUUUUCAAAUAACACUGCAUAUAAAAGUUUAA